UUGUGUUCUGUGUGUGACAGUGUCAGUUCCAUUUUGUAAACAAACACUUAACAUUUCUGUAUUUCUUUACAUAAUAUUAGUGAAACGUGAGAAUAUGAAUAGAGCGAAAAGAUCUGAUUUUAAAGUGACUUUAGUGCGAAAUCCGACCAAAUCCCUUAGUAAAAGCCAACUGAUGGAUGCUCCUUCUAAAAUUUCAAGCUCAAGCAAGAUUAACAUCUCAAGUUGUAGUAACUUGAACAAGGCUUCACAUAAUAGAUCGGAAUUUAGCAUUCCCGAUAUGCAAAGCGCUUUAAAAUUAUCUAAAAAAAUUGAUGAGGUGGUCACAAUUGGCAAAAAACAACCAAGCAAUGUCCGAAGACUGCAACAACAAGCAGUUGAAGAAAGGGCACUCAAAAAUCUGAAUAUACCCUACAAUAAGCCUCUAUUUAAAAAUCUAAUUUCUUUAGAAGUUGACCCAAAAGAUUUUGAGAUUGAUUACAAGGCAAGAAUCACCCCCAGGCCAAAAGUCAAACCUCACCGAUGUAUCAAAGUUGAGGAUUCAUCAGAAACUGGUACCCCAUCUGGACCAAGCACCCCAAAAGUGUUCUUAGAUGUACCAAAGGAUGUUUUAGGUUAUGUGGAGGAAAAAGAACUUUAUGAUCCAAAUAGUAGAUUAUUUAAAAUGUAUAAAGUUUUAAAAAUUGAUGAUGCAAAUGCUGACACAGUUAGUUUUAAUGGAAAAAGUGCUUCAAAAUCGAAUGUGUACUUGGAUCUGCCGAAGGAUAUUUUAGGUUUUGUGGAGGAAAAAGAACUCUAUGAUCCAUGUAGUAGGUCUUUUAAAACCUAUAGAGUAUUAAAAAUUGACGAGGCAUGUGGUUCUGAAAGAGUUACAUUUGAUGCCAAGAGUGCAGCAGACAGGAAGAGAGCCAAAUGUGUUAGUGAGUCCAGUGUUGAGUUAGAUACGAAUAGAUUUUAUAGGAAUUUAAAUUGUUUACCUAGUGAAUCUGAGUUUAGAUUUGAUACUGUGUCCACAAAUUCUAGAGAAUCACAAAUAUCACCACCUUUAUACAGACAAUAUUUAUGACCAUUAUAAUAUUGAUUUAAAUUAAGAAUGAAAAUCUGUAAAUUAUGAUAAUUGAUGAUACUUGACUGUUAAAUUAAGAUUUACAUAAUAAAAUGAAAUAUCAUUCCAUCAAAUAAGUGAAUUGUAAUUUAUUGAUCUGUUUUGUAAUAUAUAUGCUGUUUUGUAAUA